UACCCAUUUCCGAAGCGUGCCACAUUGCAGACAACAUGUCGUGCCACACUGCCUUACACAGUGGCUAUCACCAUCAGGUUUUGCGGUCAUGGCAACAGACAAACACAUCCUUAACUGCCGAUAAUCUAAUUUAUCCAUUAUUUAUAACAGAUGAUGAUGACACAAUACAAGAAAUUACCAGCAUGCCUGGCCAAUCAAGAUAUGGUGUCAACACACUCAAGAAUGCCUUAGAACCACUAGUAGCUAAAGGCCUUAAAACUGUGCUGAUAUUUGGAGUUCCAAGUAAAUUGCCAAAGGAUGAUACUGGUUCUAGUGCAGAUUGUUCAAAUACACCAGCCAUCAUAGCUACAAGAAAACUUAGAGAAUGGUUUCCUAGUCUAAUGGUAGCAUGUGAUGUGUGCCUUUGUCCAUACACCAGUCAUGGACAUUGUGGUAUACUAAGAAAAGAUGGAAGCAUUGAUAAUGAUGCCAGCAUAAAAAGAUUGGCAGAGGUUUCUUUAGCCUAUGCCAAAGCAGGUUGUCAGAUAAUAGCUCCAUCAGACAUGAUGGAUGGAAGGGUUGGUGCAAUAAAACAAAUCCUUGCAGACAAUGGCCUUGGAAAUACAGUUACAGUAAUGAGUUAUAGUGCCAAAUUUGCAUCAUCAUUCUAUGGACCAUUUAGAGAUGCAGCAAAGUCAGCUCCUGCAUUUGGUGAUAGGAAGUGUUAUCAGUUACCUCCAGGUUCAUCAGGUCUAGCAGAGAGAGCUGUCGACCGUGAUGUACGAGAAGGUGCUGAUAUUUUGAUGGUAAAACCUGGUCUGGCUUAUCUAGAUGUGGUCAAGAUGGUCAAGACAAAGUAUCCUUGCCAUCCACUUGCUAUUUACCAAGUGUCUGGAGAGUAUGCAAUGUUAUAUCAUGGUGCUAAGGCUGGAGCUUUUAAUCUGAAAACCACAUUGCUAGAAGUGCUGACAAGCAUGAGGAGAGCUGGUGCUGACAUUAUUAUCUCAUACUACACUCCAGACUUAUUAGAUUGGCUUAAGGAAUGAUAUGUUUUAAAUUCCACCAAACAGUGAACAUGGCAUAGUUUAACCUUUGUCUUUCCUAUGAAAUACAACAAUUAUCCAGACUUAAAAGAUGAACAAGAACAAAAGAAAAUGCACUCUUCUUAUGAAAAAGUCGAGAAAAUCAACAGUAAAACAAUGCCGGUGACGAUACUGAUCAAAAGUUAUUUCUAAACAACAAUCGUAUAUUUUUAUAUUUAUUAUUUAGAGAGAUAAUUGCAUUAGAAGCUUGUUAAACUGAAAUUUAAAAAAAUGUUAAUCUUUGCUGCAUAUUAAUUAAAAAAAAAAGGAAAACAUCAUGAAUAAACAAAAUCUAAAGAUCUUUCAGGUCAAAAAUUUUCUGAGUGUUCCACAUAGUCUGUAGCAUGUUACUAUUUCCCAAAUAUAUAAAAAAGAAGAUGUGGUAUGAUCGCCAAUGAGACAACUCGCCACAAGAGACCACAUAACAAAGAAAUUAACAGCUAUAGGUCACCGUACAGCCUUCAACAAUGAGCAAAAUACCUUUUUUCACGUCUUAAGUUUUCGAGUACACUGGUCUACUCUUGUCACAUGAACUUUCCAUAUAGAAAUAUUGUCUUAUCUUGAAUAUAACAAUUUAAAAGUCAUGUUUCUGCAGGUUAAAAAAUUAAAGAUAACUAUUUUUCUCAAGUAAGUUGUCUGUUAAAAUAUUUUUACUAUGUUUUAUAUGAUUCUAAGAAAAGGUUGCCUCUAUUUCUGUACAUGUAUUUGCGGUCUUCUUGAUCUAUUCACUUUCAAUGUUUACAUCGGGAUAAGGUCUUGUUUGAAUUUGCUUAGUAACUUAAUUUCAGAAGAGUUAAUCUUUGCUGCAUAUCAAUCGAUUCCAUUGGUUAUUUCCCCUGUAUUUCUUUGAUUUAGCUGCAUACAUAUAUGGACAAUUGGUGUUUUCCAGAGAGGUAAAUAGCCAGUAAAAAUAUAGUUUGAAGUUGGUACUCCUGAAAUUUGUUCGCAUAGCAACAUUUUAACCAAUUUUACACAAAGUUCCUAUAGCCUGCUGUACUCAUUGUUUGCUACUUUGGGAGGGAAAUGAUAACAUUAUAUGAAAAUUUUGUUUUUAUUUCAAUUACGUGUUAUUGUUACUAUUUACCAGAACAUUUUCUUGUGAAUUUAUAAUUAUCGUUACUAUUUACCAGAACAUUUUCUUGUGAAUUUAUAAUUAUCGUUACUAUUUACCAGAAUGUUUUCUUGUGAAUUUAUAAUUAAUAGCCAUCCUUGCUAAAACUAGACAAACAUUAUUUAAAAUAAAAAUUUAGUUCAAGUAACAUAUAGGAUUUCUAAAAUAGAGAACUCUAGAUAGCUACCAAGGACAGUGCAUAUUUACUUAUUAUUUUUAAUUAGUGACAUUUGUAGGGUUUUAUUAUUAAUAUUUAUUAUACUAUUACCCCGGUACUUGAUAAAUUCAGAAAGAGUUUGUUGCACUUCAAACAGUCAUCAUAAUAAAAAUAUGCAAACAUUCCAAACAUGAAUCAACUGUUGAAUGAUUUUUGUCUCCCUUCUUUCCAUGGGGAGGCAUGUUGUUAACAUUCCAAUAGAAUAUUGUAUCUAACUUUCUUAUGUUGGUGCUAUGUAUAUAAAGUCACCUUUGUUGUUACAAUAUGAGUAUUUAAGGUACUUGGCAAUGAUAAGCAGGCAUUUAUUAUUGAUAGGUGCUUUUCUAAUUGAUGUUAGAUUUGAAUUUACAUAAUAAAUUUAUAAUAGUCACUCUAUUUUAUACAGUUUUA